AUGAAGAAAUCUACGCCGCUAGUUGAUGCAGCCUCGCGGUACUGUGCUGUAGCGUUAUUGGCCUUAAUAUUAAUAGGCUCCAUUAGGGCAAAUACUGUGUCAGAUGAACCUGUGAGAGGCAGCCAGCUCCUGAAACGACCCUGUGAUGAAAUAUAUGUCGUAGGAGAGAAAGAGACCCUUCACACAAUCAGCGAAAAGUGCGGCGACCGUUUUAUCGUUGAGCGCAACCCUCACAUCCAUGACCCUGAUGAUGUUUUCCCUGGCCUUGUUAUCAAGAUCAUUCCUUCAACCGGCAGGAAACCAUAG